AUGACUGUAAAACAAGUUUUAAACCCUCUAUUUCUAGUCAGUUCGGCGUUCGGUCUAGUUACUGCAUUAGAAAUAGAAGAAGUCUUCUACGAUAUAUUCUCCAUGAGUAAUCUAGGAUGUAGCAUUGUCGCUUGCGCCGCAUCAAUUAUCUUAAGCGUAUAUAACUCUAAGAGAUUUUGGACAUUUUUGGAGAGACUUGCUGCCGUAGACUACACGUUGGCAGAGUUGGGCACUCCAAAAACGCACAAAGCAUUGCGCGCAUAUGUAAAGGGCAUGAUAAUUGUAUGGUUAAUGUGUAGUCUUAUUGGGAAUACACUUGACAUAAAAUGGUGGGAACAGAUGCUGAACAGUCGUUGGUACAUAAUCAUACCGUUCGUUUUGAAUCAUGUGUAUCACGUUAAUAUGAUUGUGGAUGUGCUAUUUUUGACUCUGUUGUGGUAUAUCGGCACGAGAUUUGACGAAGUAAACGAGCACAUGAGAUGUCUAAUACAAGAGAAACAAAUAUUGAGACAUACAGGGAGAAAAUCUGCGUCGGUCGUUCGCCAACACGUGACGUGUGCUGACAAUUACAAGCACGUGCUCUGGACCUCAAUGCAUCUGCAUUUAGAAUUGUGCCAGAUAGCUCGCCAAUUGAACGCACUCUUUGGAACGCAAAUGACUUUGGAAAUGAUAGGCUAUCUAACGACUGUAUCAAGAAUAUUUUCGUUUGAAGUUCUACAUGUAUUAGCACUAGAUAACAAAAGGUGGACGACAAUAAAUUGGCUUGCCAUUCAAUUUUGGACUUCAUUCUUUCUGAUCAAGGUGUUUUAUUUUAAUUAUACUUGCGAAACUACUAGCGCUAAGGCUAAGAAAAUACAGGAAAUAAUUAAUCACAUGACAAACUCUUUUCUACGUGCUGAUAUUCGUGAUGAGUUUAUUACGCGUGUUGUAACAUUCACAAUCUUCAUGGCGCAAAGUAUGAAUAGCAGAAAAUAAUUUAUCAAAUGAUGUUGAUGUUUGCAACACAAUCAAAUCUACUUCCAUGUUAUAAAA